AUGGCAACCGCAUUUGGCCCCGAGCGGCUAUCAGGCCCAUCUUCUGGUCCAGCAUUCGACAGCUCCGCCGACCGAUUUGCUGCUUCGAUGAAAUCACUAAAUGGAUCUCAGUCACUCGACUGCAACGCCCAAGCUGAUGAACCGCCUCCAAACCCUCCAUUCGUCUUUCCAGCUCAACCGCCCGGCUCAGCAUCUGCACCUUCAUCCUUUUCAAGAGCGUCAGGACGUCGUCCCAUGUCGGCUAUCGAGACCCCCAACUUCAGUUUUGGGUUUUCCGCUGAAAAUGCGGAGAGGCAUGCUCGGUCAGCAUUGCCAGAUUUUAGCUUCAAUCCUGGUGCAAUGCUUUCCCCAGACCGCGAGAACAACUUUCUCUUGACUCCUCCCAUUUCUCCUCAUUCCCCCAGGAAUGGUGCGUCACAACAGAGACCCGGCGGCCAUGGGCAUCGGAGAGGCGGUAGCGAAUUUGUCGGAGGCCGUCUUCGUGAGGGCAAUUCAAUUGCCAUUAUGAGCACCAGUCCAACAAAGUCCGAGAGUGGACUUGUGUCGCCAACCUUUCAACCCCCACCGAGGAGAGGUCACCGAAGAGGAAUUUCAGGCGCCAUCUCGACAAAUGAUCUACCUAUCCUCCAACCACCUGUUUUCGAUUCUGCCGGCCGUGGAAAUAGUGCGCCGACAAGCCCGACUGACUAUGAGCAACCAAACAACCAAGGACCUCUUAAACUCGACGAACAAAUUACGCCUGAUCCUGCACCAGUACCCCAACCGGAGGCUUCGAAACAAAUUACAGGGCCGGUCGCAAAAUCUUCGCCUGACAGUAGUCCCAAGAACCCUAAAGCUCGCGUUGGAUUCUCCGACACACUCGAGUUCAUACCACGACCAUUGUCUCUGGUAUCCAACGAGACAUCUAGUACUAUAACAGCGCGACCUGGACAUUCUUUAUCUGGCAGUAUUUCAUCUAUCAUAUCAGCGAACUCGCCUAGCGGCCGUGAUAGUCCAUCACCGUUAUCUCAAACACCAACUCGCGAGAUAUCAGAUUCCCGGCCAAGCACAGCAGGUGCUGUACUUGAAAAUACUCACGAUUUGGCCAACGCAGCCUGCUCACCAAAGCGCCGAAACUCGAUUCCUACACUGCUCAAUUUCGCCGAUGCUCCCAAGGCGGAAGAUCCUGAACCCAGCCCGACCAGAAAGCGGUGGUCGUUCUUUGCUAGGGAGCACUCGAGUGGCAACACAUCUCCCGGCAAGGCACGACCGCAGAGCGCUGGCUCACUUGACUUAUUGACAAAGAUAGCGCCUGCAUCCAGUAAUGGAUUUGACGUCACUACCGAAAUCCUUGAUGCGACGCCAACCAAGCCCAAAAGCAGCAAAAAGAGUAAGAAGAAGAAAAAGAAGGUCAAAGGGUGGGCUGGCGCUAUUCUGCCACGAAAGCCCAAGUCUCACAACAAGCGCUCUAAGUCAGAAGGUGGUUGUACCCCAACUCCCCCAGCUCCCACUGUCGCCCGAUACGAGGGCGAGGAUCAGAUGUAUGGAGAGCCAGAGCUAUUGCAGAUAUCAACUCCUACACUCACAGUCACGGAGUCUCCCGAUCCUCCUCAGGAAGAUGCGGUACCGAAGCGAUCAGUAGAUGAAUCAGCAUAUCCCAUGAUUGAUUUGGACGCAGCUCUAGGUCCUUUCAACACACCAUUGCCUCUCAACCUUGAGUGGGAGGCCGCCCAGCGAGCAGCUGGCGGCGCUGGAAAGCGACGACUUCACAGUGCACAGGGUAUGAAGGGCUUCAGCGGUCCUGGAAUGCACUAUCACCGCCGUGCAGAAUCUGCUCCUGAUCUGCCUCCUUUUGACCCCGGCCGUGCUGGUAUGCACCGUUAUAACAGCAGUUCCACUAUGGCUGAUGUGUUUGAAGAAGACGAGGAGGACGAUGACGAUAAUGCUAGAUCUGGAACAACAGAUGACUCCUCGGAAGAAGAGACUGACUCCGACAGUGACGUUACGCCUCCGGCUGGUGCUGUUCGGGAUCCUCUCCGUAGUUCCCAGGACAAGCUAUCAGUACACAGCAUGAAACGAACUACUUCCAGUCUGAGCGACAAAGAUCAAGUAUCUGGCAGCACGGUCCGAGGCGAACGCUCAAGGUCAUCUCUCCACGAAAGUGUCAUCGCUGAGGAGUUUCCAAGCGUAAUAUUUCGUUCGCCAUUCAUGCCUGCGGAACGAUGCGACACUGCUGACUCGGCUCACUCGUCACUCAAACGGUUCUCUGCCCACAACGACCUUUCUCCUGGGGAAGUCAGCCCGUUGCACCUUCCAGCGCCAGCCAACGUACCAAAUAGUCCUUACGCCAUCAGCUACUCGUCCUCGUUCCCGUCGCCGAGGUCACCCAUGUCCGUCGAUGUGCAGCGAAUCUCGACAGCUCCCUCGUCGGUAGCUGAUGAGAACAACUUUCGGUCUCUGCUACUGAUGGGAGAGCCUGGUCCCGAGGUUCGCGUUUCAGUGGAUUAUGAUAUUCCUUCACUGACAUCGAGCAACUCUACGAUGACGCGAGAAAGUAUGUUUCUCCCAGGCCAGCGUCAAUCACAACCCACGCUUCGAGAGCCUCGCCCUGUAUCUGUGUCGUCUGCCUUUGGACGUCGAAGAUCAAGUCUGGCUAGUCUCAGCCGUCUCAUCAGCAGCUCUCACGGUGAACGGAGCAAGCUGUCGAUGGAAGUCACACUGGAUAGCGACGAGAACAAGAAAACAAAGAGUAGCCGAACAAAGAAGCUGGGCCGCAUGAUGCAGUUCUGGAAGCCCACCAAGGAGAAGGAACCCAUCAAGGAGAAAGAAAACGAUACUAAAUAA